CCCGGAGCCGGUGCGAGGCGGGCACCCGGUGCGUCCCCGGAGCGGGGAGGCCAGGCCGGGCAGCCCUGGGGCCGGUCGGGGCGGCGUCACUGCACCCUCCGCCAGGCCCCGCGGGAUGCACCGUGGGAGCCGAGGGCGGAGGCGACACUCUCAGGUAAAUUGGCAGGAUGAGGAGCAGCAAAUCAAAAGAGGUGCCUUUACCAAAUCCAAGGAACUCUCAAAGCAAGAAUGCUGUUCAAGCAGAUAUAACCACAUCGUGGGAUGCACUUUCUCAAACCAAGGCUGCUCUGAGACACAUUGAAAACAAAUUAGAAGUAGCCCCUACAAGUACAGCUGUAUGUGAUUCUGUCAUGGAUACCAAGAAGUCUUCUACAAGUGCCACCCGAAAAAUAAGUAGAAAAGAUGGUAGAUACCUGGAUGAUUCUUGGGUUAAUGCUCCAACCUCCAAAUCCUCUAAAUCACGGAAAGAGAAAUCUCGUAGUCCUCUCAGAGUUACCACCCUGGAGAGUAAUGUGAAGAAAAAUAAUCGUGUGGAAUUUCGUGAACCUUUGGUUUCUUAUAGGGAAAUCCAUGGUGCACCUUCCAAUUUGAGUUCUAGCCAUCUGGAGUCAAAGCAUGUAUAUUGUGUAGAUGUUAAUGAAGAAAAGACUGAGAGUGGGAACUGGAUGAAAGGCAAUGGAGAAGAACGGAAUAUGCAUAGCUGUGAUUUUGAGAGCUCCCAAUCAUCUGCCAUCAAUGAUACAUUUGUUAGGUUUUUAAAUGAUCGACCAGCAAUUGAUGCACUGCAAAAUUCUGAAUGUUUAAUUAAGAUGGGAGCUUCUACAAGAACUGAGGAAGAAAUGCCUAGCAGAACAAAAGGAAGUGAGAACAAUUUGAAGCUUUCUGUGAAUAACAUGGCCCAUGACACUGAUCCAAAAGUGUUACGACUAACUGACUCUUCUCCAUCCUCUACUAGUACUUCUAAUUCCCAAAGAUUAGAUAUUUUAAAGCGGCGACAACAUGAUGUCAAACUGGAAAAACUUAAGGAACGGAUUAGAAAACAAUGGGAACACUCAGAAGAAACAAAUGACCGAGGCCAAAGGCUGGGUCAUAUUGACCAUCCAGUAAUGGUUGUUAAUGUUGAUAACUCAGUAACAGCAAAAGUCAGAAAAGUGGCAACAGCACCACCUGCUCCAGCAUAUAAAGGUUUCAACCCUUCAGAGACCAAGAUUCGAACACCUGACGGGAAAGUGUGGCAGGAGGCUGAGUUUCAAAACAUGAGUAGAGAACUGUAUCGAGACUUAGCACUUCACUUUGCAGAUGAUGUUUCUGUAAAGGAGAAACCUGCCGAAAAAAGUAAAGAGAAGAAAGUAGUCAAGCCAGUACGAAAAGUCCAAAAAGUAGCACAGUUAUCAAGUACAGAAUGCAAAACAGGUGGUAGUCAUCUUAUAAGUACAUCUUCUUGGCGAGAUGGACAAAAAUUAGUAAAGAAGAUUCUGGGACCUGCACCCAGAAUGGAACAAAAAGAGCGAAGAACAGCAUCAAGUGACAGAGGUGGAAGAGAAAGAACUGCUAAAUCUGGGGGUCACAUUGGAAGAGCAGAAUCUGAUCCCAGGUUGGACAUUUUACAUAGACAUCUUCAACGAAACUCAGAACGUUCGAGAAGUAAAUCUCGAUCUGAAAAUAAUAUAAAGAAACUAGCUUCAUCUCUUCCAGAUAAUAAACAGGAGGAAAAUACUGCCUUAAAUAAGGACUUUUUACCUGUGGAAAUUCGUGGCAUUCUUGAUGACCUACAGCUGGAUUCUACAGCUCACACUGCAAAGCAAGAUACUGGAGAGGUACAGAGUCAGAAGUCAUCAGCACCAGUACACGCUCCUAGGAGUCAUAGCCCAGUAAAAAGAAAACCUGACAAAAUAACAGCUAACGAAGAGCCCCCUGUUAUUUCCAAAAGGCGCCACUAUGACACAGAUGAGGUACGACAGUACAUUGUUAGGCAGCAGGAGGAAAGGAAGAGAAAGCACAAUGAAGAGAAGAAGGCUCAAAAAGAGGCCACGGAACAGAAAAACAAACGAUUACAAGAGCUCUACCGGAAACAGAAAGAAGCUUUUACUAAAAUAAAAAAUGUACCUCCUUCUGAGCCAUCAACAACUAGGCGACUACAGGAAACUUACUCCAAAUUGCUACUAGAAAAGACCUUGCUUGAAGAGCCAUCUCAUCAACUUGUUACACAGGAAACACAGGCCAGACCAGGGUAUCAGCCAUCUGGAGAAUCUGACAAAGAAAACAAAGUACAGGAACGUCCCCCAAGUGCAUCUUCCAGUAGUGACAUGUCUCUCUCAGAACCUCCACAGCCUCUUGCAAGAAAAGACUUGAUGGAACCUACAUGGAUGCAGCCUGACAGAUUGAGCCCUCAAGUUCACCAUUCUCAACCACAGCCUUUUGCUGGAACAGCUGGAAGUUUACUCUCCCAUCUCUUGAGUCUAGAGCAUGUAGGAAUUUUGCCUAAGGAUUUGGAAUCUAUUUUACCAACCAGGAAGAAUCAUAAUGUGGCUUCAAGGCCAUUAACUUUUACACCUCAACCAUAUGUGACCUCACCAGCUGCCCAUACAGAUGCCUUGUUAAAACCUAGUGCCAGCCAAUAUAAGAGUAAACUGGAUCGUAUUGAAGCCUUGAAAGCAACAGCUGCUUCUUUGUCCAGCAGAAUUGAAAGUGAAGCCAAGAAAUUAGCAGGGGCCAACAUUAACUAUGGGUCAACAUGGAACACUGAGUAUGAUGUGCAGCAAGCACCCCAGGAAGAUAGACCCUGGACCAAGGCUAUAAGUCCGCCUGUGAAAGAUGAUACUGAAGAUGUUUUCUCUGCCCGCAUUCAGAAGAUGCUGGGUACCUGUGUAUCUCAUGCAACUUUUGAUGAUGAUCUUCCUGGUGUAGGCAAUCUUAGUGAAUUUAAAAAGCUUCCUGAGAUGAUAAGACCUCAGAGUGCCAUAUCAAGCUUCAGAAUGAGAUCCCCUGGUCCCAAAUCAGAAGGGCUGCUGGCACAGUUGUGUAAAAGGCAGACUGACUCUUCUAGCUCUGAAAUGCAAGCCUGUUCUCAAGACAAAGCCAAAAUGUCUCUUGGUUCCAGCAUAGAUUCAGUCAGUGAAGGGCCUCUUAUUAGUGAGGGGAGUCUCUCUGAAGAAGAGGGAGACCGGGAUGGACAACCUCUUUUGAAAGUAGCAGAAAUUUUAAAAGAAAAGGAAUUUUGUGCUGGAGAAAGAAAUAGUUGUGAACCCAUCAAAGAGUUUCAGAAAGAAGCUGAAAAAUUCUUGCCACUUUUUGGGCAUGUAGGUGGUACACAAAGCAAAGGGCCAUGGGAAGAAUUGGCAAAGGGAAGUCCACAUAGCGUCAUUAAUAUUUUUACAAAAUCCUAUCAGUUAUAUGGAAAAGGGUUUGAAGACAAGUUGGACCGAGGAACAUCAACAUCACGGCCUUUGAAUGCCACCACAACUCCUCUAAGCAAUGUCUCAUAUGAAGAUGAUUUUGUCUCUUCUCCGGGGAGUGGGACUUUGACAGAAAAAAAAUCAACUCUUGAACCUCAUAGCCCUUUAGGCCCUCAGGAGGACCAUUCUAACAGAAAGUCUGCCUGUGAUCCUUCCUCUGUGGACGUUACCUCCCAGCAUUCAUCAGGAGCCCAGUCUACUGCAUCAUCUCGUUCAUCUACUUCUUCUAAAGGAAAGAAAGGAAAAAAGGAAAAGACACAAUGGUUGGAUUCAUUCACUGGAAAUGUCCAGAACUCACCUCUUGAUGAGGAAAAAGUGCAGUCCAGCUCAGAACGUGGCUCCCAUCAAGGAAAGAAAUCUGGAACCAGUAGCAAACUUUCUGUUAAAGAUUUUGAACCAACUCUUGAUACAGAUAGCACUUUGGAGGAUCUUUCUGGACAUUCUGUGAGUGUCUCAUCAGAUAAGGGAAGAUCUCAGAAAACUCCAACUUCUCCCCUGUCACCAAGUUCCCAAAAAUCAUUGCAGUUUGACCUUCCAGGAACUUCUUCAGAAAGACCUAAGUCCUCAGUAAUGCCUCCAACUAUAACAGGAUUUAAGCCCAAUGCAGCUUUCGCUGAUUUGAAUUUGGCUGCCAGCAGAACGACGACAGAAAACCUGGCUCCACCAGGUUCUAAGCGCUUUUCUCCUGCUGGCCUCCAUCAUCGCAUGGCAGCAGAACUCAGUUAUCUGAACGCCAUUGAGGAAUCCGUGCGCCAACUGUCAGAUGUAGAAAGAGUUAGAGGCAUUUCACUUGCUCAGCAGGAGAGUGUGUCUCUAGCUCAGAUCAUAAAGGUAUUUAAUUUAGAGUUUUCUUUUUUAGCUUUCUGUGGUUUUUCUUCUUUCUUCGCUAUUUAUAAUAGUUUUAAUGAUGACUUAAACUACUGUGCCAAGUCUUCUUUUUUAACCCCCUUUUAUGUAAAGGUCCAUGCAGAAUCAUUACAGCAGGUAGUUAAAUCACAACGGGAAGUAACUGAAGUCCUGCAGGAAGCAACAUGUAAAAUAGCAGCUCAGCAGUCAGAGACCGCUCGCCUCACCACAGAUGCAGCACGCCAAAUCUGUGAGAUGGCAGAGUUGACUAGAACUCAUAUCUCAGAUGCUGUCACGGCUUCAGGAGCUCCUCUUGCAAUACUGUAUGACCACCAACGGCAACACCUUCCAGACUUCAUGAAACAACUGAGGACCAGAACUGAAACAGAUAGGAAAAGUCCAUCUGUUUCACUCUCUCAGAGUAAAGAAGGAACCCUUGACUCAAAGCAUCAGAAGUAUUCCCCUUCAUAUGAUAGUUAUUCUGAGUCUUCAGGAUACAGGAAUCAUGACAGAAGAAGUAGUAGUGGUAGCAGCCGCCAAGAAAGUCCUUCAGUUCCAUCUUGUAAGGAAAAUGAGAAGAAACUUAAUGGUGAAAAGAUGGAGAGUUCCAUUGAUGAACAGGCUCAGACUGCUGCAGAUGAUUCUCUACGAAGUGAUAGUGUUCCAUCUCUUCCUGAUGAAAAAGACUCAACUUCUAUUGCAACAGAAUAUUCUCUGAAAUUUGAUGAAUCCAUGACAGAAGAUGAAAUAGAAGAACAAUCAUUUCGAUCAUUACUGCCUUCAGAGAGUCACCGCAGAUUUAACAUGGAAAAGAGAAGAGGUCAUCAUGAUGACUCUGAUGAAGAAGGUUCUCCAGAAAAGACUACAUUGUCUUCUGCCAAGGAAGUGAACAUGCCAUUCUCAGGAGGACAAGAUAGCUUUUCUAAAUUUACUAUGGAGAUGGUUCGACAGUAUAUGAAAGAAGAAGAAAUGAGGGCGGCUCACCAGUCUUCACUCCUGCGUCUCCGUGAAAAGGCCUUGAAGGAGAAGACUAAGGCUGAGUUGGCCUGGUUAGAGCAUCAAAAAAAACAUCUACGAGACAAAGGAGAGGAUGAUAAAAUGCCCCCACUCCGGAAGAAACAGCGUGGUUUGCUUUUAAGGUUGCAGCAAGAAAAGGCAGAAAUAAAACGUCUUCAAGAAGCCAAUAAGGCAGCUCGGAAGGAAAGACAGCUGAUUCUUAAACAGCAGGAGGAGAUUGAAAGGAUCCGACAGACCACCAUAAAACUACAGGAGAAGUUGAAGUCUGCAGGGGAGAAUAAAUUGGACUCUCAUAGUGAUGAUGAUACAAAGGAUAAUAAGGCAUCCAGUCCUGGUCCAACUGACUUGGAGACCCGCAGUCCUUCUCCCAUUUCAAUCUCUAGCAGUGAAACUAGCAGCAUUAUGCAGAAGCUGAAGAAAAUGAGAAGCCGCAUGGAUGAAAAGUUUCUGACAAAGCGAGAGCAAAAAUUAAUGCAACGGCGACAACAUGCUGAGGAGCUCCUAGAGUGGAAGCGACGACUGGAUGCAGAAGAAGCAGAAAUCUGUCAAAUGGAAAAACAAGCUUUGGCUGCUUGGGACAAAGAAUUAAUAAAACCCAAAACUCCUAAGAAAGAACUGGAGGACCAGAGAACAGAACAGAAAGAAAUAGCAAGUGAAGAGGAAUCUCCAGUACCUCUGUACUCUCAUCUAAACAGUGAAAGCUCCAUUCCAGAAGAAUUAGGCAGCCCUGCUGUUGAAUACGUACCGUCUGAGUCUAUAGGACAGGAGCAACCAGGGAGUCCAGAUCGCAGUAUACUAACUGAAGAAAUGGUUUGUUCACAGGAACUAGAAUCUUCUACCUCUCCUAGUAAACAUUCACUUCCCAAAAGCUGUACAUCUAUGUCAAAGCAGGAGUCUAGCAAAGGAAGUCAUAGGACUGGAGGACAAUGUCACCUGCCUAUCAAGUCCCAUCAGCACUGUUACAGUUGGUCAGAUGAGUCAUUAUCUAUGACACAGUCAGAAACUACUUCUGACCAGAGUGACAUUGAAGGUAGGAUCAGAGCUCUGAAGGAUGAGUUGCGGAAAAGAAAAUCAGUUGUGAACCAGCUGAAGAAGGAACAGAAAAAAAGGCAAAAGGAAAGACUGAAAGCCCAAGAAGCCAGUCUGAUCAAGCAGUUAGAGUCAUAUGAUGAAUUUAUUAAGAAAACUGAAGCCGAGCUUAGCCGAGAUUUGGAAACAUCACCAACAGCCAAGCCUCAGAUUAAAACACUCUCCUCAGCUUCUGAAAAACCUAAGAUCAAACCCCUCACACCACUACACAGAUCUGAAACGACAAAGAAUUGGAAAUCACUAACAGAGUCAGAACGUUCCAGAGGAUCCCUGGAGUCUAUUGCUGAACAUGUUGAUGCUUCACUGUCAGGGUCUGAGAGAUCAGUAUCAGAAAGAUCUUUAUCUGCAUAUGCAAAGACAGUAAAUGAAUGGGACAGUGGAACAGAAGAUUUUCAGACCCCAUCUGCAGUUCUCAGAUCAUCAAGGAAAAUCAGGGAAGAAUCUGGAGAUUGUCUAGAAAAUGUACCUUCACUACAUCUUCUCAAAGAAUUAAAUGCCGCUAGUAGAAUUCCUGAUGUGUCAGAUGGCAAGGUUGAAGAAUCUAGUAAAAAAUCAGAAAUACAAGAAGUAGAGUAUACAAAAUUGAAGGAGAGUAAGAUUGAAGAUACCUGUUCUAAACAAGGUAAAUCUGAUGUCUUACUGAAAUUAGACCUAGAACAGGGAGAUGCAUCUGAAAUUCUUUCAAAGAAAGAUCUUCCUUUAGAUUCUGAAAAUGUUCAGAAAGACCUAGUUGGAUUAGCCAUUGAAAAUCUCCAAAAACGUGAGAAAAUGUUGAAAGAGAGACAGUCAGAUCAAGAUAUGAAUCAUAGUCCAAACAUCCAAUCAGGAAAAGACAUUCAAAAGAACACAAAGGAAAAUGAUUUGUCUUGGUCAGAACAUCUUUUUGCUCCUAAAGAGAAACCAUACUCUGAAGAUUUUGAAAUGUCUUCUUUCAAGAAAGAAAUUUCAACUGAAUUAUACAAAGAUGAUUUUGAGGUCUCAUCUUUGCUGUCACUCAGGAAAGACGCUCAGUCUUGCAGAGAUAAGUCACAGCCAAUGAGGAGCUCUAGAAGUGGAGCCACUAGCUUUGGUAGCAAUGAUGAAAUCAGUGAGUGCCUAAGUGAGAAAAGCCUUUCUGUCCAUAGCAAUGUUCACUCUGAAAGGCUGUUGGAACUCAAGUCCCCUACUGAGCUUAUGAAAAAUAAGGAGCGCAGUGAUGUGGAGCAUGAACAGCAAGUUACUGAAUCUACUUCCUUGACUUCAGUUCCUACUGCAGAUGAGUUAUUGGAUUUCCACAUUGGUGAUAGGGUGUUGAUUGGAAAUGUUCAGCCAGGAAUUCUUCGAUUCAAAGGUGAGACUAGUUUUGCUAAAGGAUUUUGGGCUGGAGUGGAGUUAGAUAAACCUGAAGGAAAUAACAAUGGAACAUAUGAUGGCAUUGCAUAUUUUGAAUGCAAAGAAAAGCAUGGUAUUUUUGCUCCUCCUCAAAAAAUAUCUCACAUUCCAGAAAACUUUGAUGACUAUGUAGACAUUAAUGAAGAUGAAGACUCUUAUUCAGAUGAACAGUAUCAAUACUAUAAUGAAGAGCAAAAUGAUACAGAGGGUCCAAAAGACAGAGAAAACGAUAUAAGUGAAUAUUUUUAUGAGAAAUCCCUACCGAGUGUGAAUGAUAUAGAAGCCUCAGUUAAUAGAAAUAGAAGCCUUAAAAUAGAAACAGGCGAUGUACAGGACAUUUCUGGGGUGCUUGAAGCCCAUGUUCACCAGCAGUCUUCAGUGAAUUCACUGAUUUCUUCAAAGGAAAACAAAGACCUCAUUUCUGAUGCCACAGAAAAGGUUUCCAUGGCUGCAGAAGAUGAUGCUUUAAACAAUACCUUUUCUGAAGAAUUGCAGAAGCAACAGCAGUUUACAGAAAAAGAAGACAACCUAUAUGCUGAAGUUUCAGAAAAGCUUUCUACACCACUUCUGGAUCUUUUAACAAGAGAAAAAAACCAACUGGAAGCCCAACUGAAAUCAUCACUAAAUGAGGAAAAAAAGUCAAAGCAACAACUGGAAACAGUCAGCUUACUGACAGACAGUUUACUAAAAGUCUUUGUAAAGGACACAGUCAAUCAACUACAACAAAUUAAAAAAAACAGAGAUCAGAAAAUCCAGCUUAGCAAUCAGGAGCUUCUUGGUGAUGACCAAAAGAAAGUACCACCCCAAGACCUAUCCCAAAGUGUUGAGGAACAGUCACCAAGUGUUUCAAGUUGCCUCUUAAGGUCUGAAUUGGAAGAUGAAAAAGAAGAGAUUUCGUCUCCAGAUAUGUGUCCCAGACCGGAGAGCCCAGUAUUUGGUGCCAGUGGGCAGGAAGAACUUGCUAAGAGACUUGCUGAACUUGAGCUCAGCCGCGAGUUCCUGAGCGCAUUAGGAGAUGAUCAAGACUGGUUUGAUGAAGACUUUGGUUUGAGCUCAUCUCACAAGAUCCAAAAAAAUAAGGCAGAAGAAACCAUUGUACCUCUAAUGGCAGAACCUAAAAGAGAACCUCAGCAGCCAUGUGAGACAUUGUUGACAGUCCCCCAUACUGCAGAGGAAGUAGAGAUUCUUGUACAUAAUGCAGCAGAAGAACUCUGGAAGUGCAAAGAAUUAGGCCAUGAUCUUCAUAGCAUCAGUAUUCCUACAAAACUUCUUGGCUGUGCCAGUAAAUGUCUAGAUAUAGAAAGCACUAGUAAAAGGGUCUACAAACAGGCGGUUUUUGAUUUAACAAAAGAGAUUUUUGAGGAAAUAUUUGCUGAGGAUCCCAACUUAAAUCAACCUAUCUGGAUGAAGCCAUGUAGAAUCAACUCUAGUUAUUUCCGACGAGUGAAAAAUCCAAAUAACCUUGAUGAAAUCAAGAGCUUCAUAGCAAGUGAAGUACUUAAGUUAUUCAGUCUUAAAAAGGAGCCAAACCACAAAACAGAUUGGCAGAAAAUGAUGAAAUUUGGAAGAAAGAAGAGAGACCGAGUGGAUCAUAUCCUGGUUCAGGAGCUCCAUGAGGAGGAGGCACAGUGGGUGAACUACGAUGAGGAUGAGUUGUGUGUAAAGAUGCAGCUAGCCGACGGGAUCUUUGAGACCCUGAUCAAAGAUACUAUUGAUGUUCUCAAUCAGAUCAGUGAAAAGCAGGGGAGAAUGCUACUUGUGUGACAUCUUGCAAAUAAAUAGAACACUGAGUGCUAAUGUGAGUCCUGGGCCUUUCUGCCUCCUGAUGUACACCCCAUCGCCAUCAUAGCAAGAGUGCUUCCGGACCUUGUACUUAUUCUUAAAGACUACGGGUUUGGAGUUGAUAAGACGAUGUGGUAUAUCUGGUAUUACAGCCUUUGCCUUUCGAGACUAGCCACUAGAUUAAUUGGUUAUUUUCGGUGGGCAGGGUUGGACAGUGUAAUCCUACACCUGUCGUUAGCACCCCUACUAGGUCUCAGAUGAGGGCUGAAAACACCAGACUUACCUCUGAGUUUAGACUAGGGCAUCACUUCUUUGAGUCUGAAGUCAAGUGAGAGAGGCAUAGAUGAGUGCAUCACAUCACUUUUGAAAUGCAGUCCUGGUCUAUACCGUCAAAGUCAUAAAUGGACAUUAUAACCUCUAAACAGUAUUAAACCCUUAAUCAAUUCUAAAAUAGGCAAGCUUAAUAAUGUCUGCCAACUUCACAUUCUGGAGUUUAUUUCAUUUCUUUUUGAAGACCAUUUUCUUCCAUUAUUGCGGUUGAGCAGCACCAAGUGGACUGUCAGGCUUACAGGAAUAAGUGGUAGCCUUGCUGUCUGAGCACCAUCUAAAGAAUUUUAAACCUCUGCAUUAUGUUUAGUGUUCUCUGUGUGGGCAUGAAAAAAGAAAUGCCCCUACCGAAGACGGCUCAAAGGACCAAAGGCUGGCUCUUCUACCCCUUGGUUUACUCCUGCACUUUGCGUACUUGUUCUGAAUCUCUGCCAGCUGCUCCCAGAAUCACAGAUACUCAGGACCAUCUCAGGCAUCCAGGCAUGGCAAAGUGGAAAUCAUGCAUUUUGGCCUUCAAACCUUCAACGCCCAUCUUUCCCCAGGAAGUCAGAGACGCUGUUACUUGAAUGAUUUAGGAAAUGAGUGUGUGCACCAAAGACAAAAAGAUUCUGUCUGUUGUUCGUGUGCUUGUUUUGUGCUAUGGAACAUUUUUUAAUUUAUUUUUAAGAUAAAUUAUUAAGUUGAAAAUGUGUGUCCCUAUUCAGAAGUGAAAGAUUCUUCUUGUAAUAGUUAAAAUCUCCAUCUUGAAGCUUCUAUGAUUCAUAGUCUUUGCACAGGAAACCUAUGGUUUUAACAAACCUUACACAUAUUGAAGAAGUCAUUUUAAUUCAGUGAAACGAAGAUGGGCUUUUUCAAGAUCACCUGCAGUAGCAGGAGUGAGAUGAAACGAUUUAAAGAUACUGUACAACUUAACUCUGCCUCUCUUGCAGCAUUGCUUCUCACAACUAUUACCUGCAUCUGAAAACAAAUCUAUAGACUCCAGCUGCUACAUUAGAGCAUAAGAGAUGCUCUCCUGGGACCUCAGUACUCUGCCUUCUUGACUGGUUUCUGUUCAUCAGUCCUGUCCCUCUUCAAGUAAUCUGGAAGAAUGUGGAUACUCUUAGGCGUGAAUGUAAAUGCCUUAAUAUUGAAGGUCCUGGUUAGAAGCAUGAUAUAAGACAUCCACUGGAUUCAUAUUUACAAAUGUCCUGGAAUGUUAUAGCUUCAAAAUGUGUUAGAAAAAACCCCAAAGAUGGUAUAAUCUUUAAGUGUGCACGUUCGUUCAUUUCUGCAUCUUCCCUCCAAACUUGCCUUUGCAUCUUAAAUAUUUCACUAUGCACACUCCCAUUUCUCUUGGGUUUCAUCUUGUCAUUAUAAGAAACGUACUGAAAUAAUCAUUGGAAUAUUUGCAUUUUGCACAAUGACUGGUAUGAUAGCUCUUGACAAAUGAGGAAAGCACUGAAAUGUUGUGAUUGGGUCUCGGGAAACGCUCAGAAUGAUGUCUUUAACAGCGUUUCUUCUGGGCUUGUGAUGUUGUGCUGUAGUCUUGUAGCCAUAAUGAGCAAAUUGACUAAGAGAACACAGGUUUCUUGGGGUUAUUAACCAGUAGUGUGGAAAUAUUAUUUUUAUGUGGCCAAGGAAAAGCAAAGGCUUUUCUUUUCAGUGUGUGUUAUUUGGAAGACAGAAAAGCAUCUUGUCUGCAUCCUUUGGCUGUUGGUAGGAUCACAGUGUCCUUAUGAUACUGAAACUUUACAGCUGCUGUAAAUUUUUUAUAAAUGAAUUUCAAAAUGUUAGAAUGGGACUGUAGGUUGUUUUUCUACAUCUUCAUUAUCUGGACCUAAAACCAGUUUUUAAUAAGAAAGUUUAUCUUUACUCUUUGUGACAUUGUGACUCUAGAAGAUGAAAAAAUAAUGAUACAAGUCAUGGAAUCAGCUAUCUGGUAAGAAAUGCUGCCAAGAAUGUGACUGUGGCUGUCCUGACAGACAGCAGCUGUCUUUACCAUCUGAAGAGUCCUGGGCUCCAGAUGAGAGGCAGAAGUGGAUCAGGCUUACUCUUUGCUAAAAAUGAUUAUCUGUAGUUUGGUAGCCAAAAAACAAAAAAAAAAAAAAAAAAUGGAAUCCAUAAUUAGCAGAUGUCUUAUUAUUUUAACAAUUUGGAUCUAAUUGAAACGGGUUUAUUGUUAGGAUUAAGAAAGAGAGAUGUGGAUACCCAGCCACUCGUUCCACAUUGGUAUCUUUUAAAUCUGCUCUGCCUCUUACUCAAGAACCUAAAUACUCUCCUUCUUUCUAAUCUUUGUUCCUUCUCCCUACACCCUCGUCCUCUUUCACUCUUUCUUCAUAAUUCCUCUAAGAAAAAUAUCCUUGCAUCAGCAGUAAUAUCUUUUAGAAUAGCACUAUCAGAAUUUAGUAGUAAACCAACAUACAGGCUUCAGAUUCACUUCUGAGUCCAAAACAAUUUGUGCUAUCCAGGGUAGUUAGCUCUGGGUUAAAUAAGUACAGGGUAUAGAUUCCCUCUUCAGGUCUAAACAGGAAUUUUUACCGUAGGGAAAAGUGGGAAGAGCUCAAACGUAGUUAAUAAGGAAGGUAAUUUGUUUUUCUUUUACCUAAAAGAAAAGAAAAUUCCUUCUGUGACUACAGGUCUCUGAGAAAUUAUCUUUCAAAAGAGAUUUCAUUGCUCAUAGAGUGUUGUGGCCUAUUAAUAAAAACAAUUUUGUUCACUUUCUUGUCUUGAUAAAAAGUGGCCUUAGCUUUUUGCAAUACUUGAAUAAAGUGUGUACUCACAGAAGAAUUUCUGUAGCACGGCGUUAGAGACUCAUAACUUUUCUGCAAGAAAUACAAACUUACAUCUUCCUUUUACUACCUUAAGAAUACUAGUGAAAUAAAACAUUAAUUCAAAGAGCAAAUUAUAGAAACUACAAUGAUGUUUAAUGCAAAUUGUAGGAAUUUACAUGUUUACAAAUCAUCUUCAACUGGUUGUGCAGCAAUUCAAUAAAAUGUCUUUGUAUUAUAAAAAUGUGAAGAAAAAAUGUAAACUGGUGUAAAGGAGGUACUGUCAUUUUAAUUAUGUUUAAUAGCUUUUCCUUCUGGACUUUGCAAAGCCUUCUUGGUAAACACAUUGCAAAGCAUUCUCUGGGAGGUUUAGCCUCCUUGUGUGUACUGUACUGUGCAGACAUGAAAAAAUAAACCCGUUUACUGUGUACAUGUAAAUAGCCUGGUCAUCAGGCCAUUUUCAGCCAAUAGUCACAUCCAGUGCAAUUUUGCACCAAACACGUAAGGGUGUGGUUUGUAAGUAUAAUAUGUAAAAUAACUGGGAGGAAUUCCCAUGUAUACCUGUGUAAAUAGAUUUGUUAACUGAAAUGUACUUUAAGAAAAGAUAAAAUCUGUAAAUAAACUGAUUUAUAAAUUAA